GGUUUGGGGUCAUAAGUCUAAAGUUCAGAUGUCCUACAAGCUCACUGCUGAGCACAUGUCGCUUGGAUUUAUCUUUGUCGGCAUAGUUUUAACAAAUUAAUUCACUUCAAGAGAUAAAAUGACACACCUGACUGAAAUGACAAAAGAUGAGCUUGAGAGGCAGUAUUCACCCAGCCGGUGGUCGCACAGGAUGUCGGCAGACGACGUGAUCAAGGCCCAUGUAAAGGCUUUAAAGGAAGGUACGGAGCGUGCCCGUGGUCUGGCUCAAACUUUACUCAACGUGCCAUAUGGAGAGGGAGAUGGAGAGAAAUUGGAUGCCUACAUACCCAGCACCAAUUCUCUAGAUCUCCCCCUUGUUAUUUACCUUCAUGGAGGUUAUUGGCAGUUUCUCAGCAAGGAGGAGUCAGGAUUCAUGGCUGUUCCACUCAUGGAUAAAGGUGUAGUGGUGGUUGCUGUCGGCUAUGACAUCGCCCCCAAAGGUAACAUGGACUUGAUGGUGUCUCAAGUACGCAGGAGUGUUGUGUCUGUUGUUCAGCAGUAUUCUCACAUCAGUGGUCUGUACCUGUGUGGCCACUCUGCUGGGGCUCACCUGGCUGCGAUGGUUCUCUCCACCGACUGGUCGCAGUACAGCAUAACCCCUCAGAUCAAAGGUGCUUUCCUCGUCAGCGGUAUAUAUGACCUACUGCCCAUCCUGUCCACCUACGUCAACGAGCCUCUGAAGAUGACAGAGGAGGUGGCGGUGAGAAACAGCCCCAGCAAGCUGGUCCCUCAGCUCAAACUCUCGUCCUCCAGCUGCCACCUCGUUGUCGCUGUCGCUCAGAACGACUCGCCGGAGUUUCGAAAGCAAUCGGAAGAAUAUUACAAAACUUUGGAGGAGUCUGGACUGAAUGUGACCAUGGAGGAUGUGCCCAACACAGACCACUUCAAUAUCAUUGAGCAACUGGUAGAUGGGGACUAUCACCUAACGAAGCUUCUGCUGAAGAUGAUGGGGAAGAGCUGAGGUGGCACUCGUCUAAUAUCAACAUACCUCUGUAUCAACAUACACCUCUGAACAGAGUCAUCAUGCACCGAUACUGAUAAGAUAUGCAUCGUUUGAAGUUUGUACAAUGGCAAAUGUACAAUUUCUAUUCAUGGAUUGUUUUGACCACCUGAUGUUUCAUUAUUUAUAUGUCUUUGUUCACUAUAGUUACUGCUGUAAGACAAUAAGCUUUGUGUGUUUCAACUACAUAAUAUAUUAAGAAAACAUUGCGUGCCUAAAACUGAGUCACUUCAAUGAUGGUGAUUGUAGCAAAUCAUAUCACUCUUAAACUUUCAGUUUUAAACGGAUUACUUAACAGCCACAGUGAACAAUGCUGUCAGGAAAAAACAGUUACACUUUGUCAAUUCUUUGGCAUACUAACACUUGUAGAGUUUGUGGUUAUUUUGGCAUAUUUCCAUUGUUUUAUAAAGGGGUGGGUCUGUCUGUUCUGUGUUAUUCCCCCCUGCUUGUGACAAUCUGUUACACCACAACUGUAAAUUAAUAGGAAAGACAAUAAUAAGAGGUAAUGUGGAGAGGAACUCAUACAAUGUGAAUGUAGCUUUUUAUUCUAACCUCCACAAUGCUGAUCUAUCACCCAGGGAACUUAAUGUGUCCUUCACACUUGGUAAAUGUUGAUAAUGAAAGUUAUAUAUUUGCACUUUUUAUUUGAUGCUAAUACAGUAGAAAGAUAAUGAUUUUCAGAUAGACAUAUUUUUAAAGACAACAAACAAAUUUAAAAAAUGGGAAUAAAUUGUAACUGGUGCA